AUGUCUAACAAAUCUGUUGAAGAUUGGGAAGCUCAAUUAGUUGGAAAGAAAUUUGUUCGUGGCAAUAUGUCAAUUUCGGCUGAAGAACAGGACAAGGUUGUCCGUGAAACGGAUUUGCCGGCUGGUCAUAGAGUCGUCCCACCUGAUGCUAUGGUAACCAUGGAUUUUAAACCAGAUAGGUUGAAUGUUUACAUCGAUCAUUCAAGUAUAGUUACUAGUGUGAAAUUUGGUUGA